CGUUUACAGCUAGCUAGCCGAGCUGCUAGCAUCAGCAAUCACUACGUCUCAGAAACCACCGGUGUUAAGAGUUGCGUUGGAUUUUGGUCGCAGCCCCGCAAACCUUAUCUUCUUUUCAAACCUCAUGGCGAUGAGCUUGGUGAUGUUUAACCAAGAGCUCUGGAUACACAGAGAGUGGCUGGUCCACCAGAGACACCAGCAGACACCGGAGCACAGAUAACAUCUUCCACACCGAUAAACCAUGAUCCCCAUCACUGAGCUGCGGUACUUUGUGGACACUCAGCCAGCGUACCGCAUCCUGAAACCAUGGUGGGACGUGUUCACGGACUAUAUCUCCAUUGUUAUGCUCAUGAUUUCCGUGUUUGGAGGGACAUUGCAGGUCACCCAGGACAAGAUGAUCUGCCUGCCCUGCAAAUGGGUGGUCAAUGAGACCUGCAGGAAGAACUUCAACAACUCAUCACUGUUCCUCGAGCCCAAAGGGAUCCAGUACGAUCUGGACCGCCACCAGUACAACUAUGUGGACGCUGUGUGCUACGAGAACAGAUUGCACUGGUUUGCCAAGUAUUUUCCCUACCUAGUAUUACUCCACACCCUUAUUUUCCUAGCUUGCAGCAACUUUUGGUUUAAGUUUCCACGGACUAGUUCCAAACUAGAGCACUUUGUGAGCAUCUUGCUGAAAUGCUUUGACUCCCCAUGGACAACUAGGGCACUCUCAGAGACGGUGGUCGAAGAGAGUGACCCAAAACCGAUGAAGAUGAAUGGCUCAAUGGACCACAAGGAGUCCGUCAUCAGUGAGGAUGUUGAAGCAAGUGUCCCUAUGCUCCAAAGGACAAAGACGCGCUUUGAGCAGGGCAUUGUAGAUCGAACGGAGACGGGGGUUCUGGAGAAAAAAGAGGGUGAACAAGCAAAAGCCCUAUUUGAAAAAGUUAAAAAGUUCCGUAUACAUGUUGAAGAGGGGGACAUUGUUUACAGGCUGUACAUUCGUCAGACUAUCAUCAAAGUCAUCAAGUUCAUUUUGAUCAUCUGUUACACAGGGUAUUAUGUGCAUGAUAUUAAAUUCAGCGUUGACUGUUCAGUAAAUAUCGAGAGUCUGACGGGUUACAGCGUGUACCGCUGUGCUCAUCCGUUGGCCACACUUUUUAAAAUCUUAGCCUGUUUUUACAUUAGCUUAGUGGUGGUGUAUGGCUUGAUCUGCAUGUACACACUCUGCUGGAUGCUCCGGCGCUCUCUUAAGAAAUACUCCUUUGAGUCAAUACGGGAGGAGAGCAGCUACAGUGACAUACCCGAUGUGAAGAAUGACUUUGCAUUCAUGUUGCACAUGAUCGAUCAGUACGACCCUCUGUACUCAAAACGCUUUGCCGUGUUCCUCUCAGAGGUGAGCGAAAACAAGCUGAGGCAGCUGAACCUGAACAAUGAGUGGACAUUGGACAAGCUCAGGCAGAGGAUCACUAAGAACUCUCAGGAGAAGUUGGAGUUGCACCUUUUCAUGCUAAGCGGCAUUCCAGACACUGUGUUUGACCUGAUGGAGCUGGAGGUCCUUAAACUGGAGCUCAUCCCAGAUGUCACCAUCCCCCCGAUCAUCGCCCAGCUGAUCAACCUGCGGGAAAUGUGGCUCUAUCACACACCAGCAAAGAUCGAAGCUCCAGCUCUGGCUUUUUUGCGCGAGAACUUGAAAUCCCUGCAUAUCAAGUUCACUGACAUCAAGGAGAUUCCCUUAUGGAUCUACAGUUUAAAGAAUCUGAGUGAGCUCCAUCUGACCGGGAAUCUCAGUGCUGAAAACAACCGCUACAUUGUCAUUGACGGGCUUCGGGAGCUCAAGAGGCUCAAAGUUCUUCGUCUGAAGAGCAAUCUCACCAAGCUACCUCAGGUGGUGACUGACGUGGGCAUGCACCUCCAGAAGCUCUCCAUCAACAACGAAGGCACCAAGCUGAUGGUGCUCAACAGCUUGAAGAAGAUGGUGAACCUGACAGAACUGGAGCUCAUUCGCUGUGAUCUCGAACGCAUACCGCACUCGAUCUUCAGCUUGCACAACUUGCAGGAGAUCGACCUGAAGGACAACAACCUGAAGACCAUUGAGGAGAUCAUCAGCUUCCAGCACCUUCAUCGGCUCGUCUGCCUUAAGCUCUGGUACAACCAGAUUGCCUACAUUCCCAUUCAGAUUGGCACCCUGACACACCUGGAGAAGCUGUACCUGAACAGGAACAAGAUUGAGAAAAUUCCCAGCCAGUUGUUUUAUUGCCGCAAGCUGCGCUUCUUGGACCUGAGCCAUAACAACCUGACCUACAUCCCUACAGACAUCGGAACCCUGCAGAACCUCCAGUACCUGGCAGUGACAGCCAACAGGAUUGAGAGUCUACCAAAUGAGUUGUUCCAGUGCAAGAAGCUUCGCACUCUGAAUUUGGGGAGCAACUGUCUGCACUCUCUGCCAUCGCGGUUCGGAGAGCUGACUGGUUUGACACAGCUGGAACUGAGAGGAAACCGUCUGGAGUGUCUGCCCGUGGAGCUGGGGGAGUGCAGACAGCUGAAGAGAACCGGACUUGUGGUGGAGGAGGACCUCUUCAACACGCUUCCCACGGAGGUCAAGGAACAGUUGUGGAAAUCCGACAAAGAACAAGCUUAAACAGGUCAAAGUGUCACUGUUAGUGAAAUCGGUUACCCACCAACUUGGCCCCGACACUGGAGGUAUACUGGAGGACAUAGUGACCCAGAGUGCUGGCUAAGGGCGGCGAUAAACCUGCUGCAGUGUACUGCCCAUCAGGUUGGAUGAUCGAGAACCAGUGCCAGUUUGGCAAAACCAAAAUACAAAGUGUGGUAGCUUCUGGUUGUUCUCUUAGUUCCUUACUGUCCAGUAGAGUCUUUCUCUUCCCUUACACUCAACCCCUCAGAAUUAUGCUUAUCAGCAAUAAUGUAGCAGGUGCCAUUGUGAUUAGUUUAUCCUUCUCAAUUUUGGCGAAGAAGUUUGAAUACUUCAAAAAUGCAUAGGGUUGGGCUGAUGGACGAUGGCUGUGGGCCCCUCCCCCGCUCGACAAUGACAUACGGUUGCAGAAUGACAUGCACAGAUUCUCUACUAUAGUUUCUACUAUACUACAAUUUCAGAGUCGACUAUAACCUAGAAGUUCGCCAGAUAUACACUUGAGUCGUAGAACUGAUGAAUAUGUAGGCUAUGCUACUUUAAGGAGUAUCAGCCUGAUGCCCGGGACAUAAUGACUGGAACAACGUGCUUUUAAUUUUGACACACAUGUUGACAGAUAGAAGCGGCCACACUGAAGCCGUGCUGCUCAUCUAGAGAUUAGAGGACUCGCCGAUCUUCUGCAUAGCACAUGAGUAUUUUAAUUAAAAGAUGAUCUUUCACCACAGUUUUAGGAAAAUCACCACAAUUAUCUGUUGAAUGUGUCACAAACCUAAAUGUUUGUAACACAUCCUGUACCCGUUUAUAAAAAUAAAAGCACUCCAGCGUGUCUGUUGACUCAAUCCAUUCAUUUGAUUUAACAAGGCUUUGAUUGUUGAUGAACCAGGAGAACAGGGCUCGAUGCGCUCUGGUAUUUAGUUGAGUACAUAAUUCCGACCUUUAUUCAAGGAAAUACAGUAGUUAUACUAAAUGUUGUAAACCACAGCAGACACGCUGCCAGUUUGAACAACAGCCGCGACACGCAGCAGUACCGAGGCAUAGCCGAGCAUCUACCGCCAGUAAAAAACUACAGAAAAAAAACAGUGAAUACAGCUGUUCUCUGCUCUUCCCGUCUUGAACAAAUAGCCUCCUGAUCGUUAUAUCGUCAUUUACCCCUUUUCACGAUAGCCCCCUUUCUUUGGGCAUCGUCCAUUGCCAUGUUUCACUGCAUACAUCGCCCAACCCUACUUUCCAAUGUUUAUUUACCCAAAGCAUUAAGUUCUUGUCCAAUCAAGAGCGAUCACACAACUGAGAUAAUUUGUCCAGUGAAAUCCGGAGGUAGCAAACUGAUGUCUGAGACCUCUCCCUCCAAUCACUUGCUCCAAUGUUUUUGAUCUUUGUUAAACUCCUAACUGUACUGCAGCAUGCAAGUAAGGUAUACAAUUGUUUAAGGCAGGAGGCUGAAACUCUUUAUUGAGAUAGGAAAAUAAUAAGGUAAUAUUCAUAGCAAUUUUAGCAUGACCUGUAUCAAUCACAAGCAUACUACACAGUCAAGUUAGCAAUUCUACAAGUUUGAAUCAGAAGUUUGGCUCUUUCGUGGAUUUGAUGUCUCCUGUCAGUUGUCCAGAACUGACCUGAAACACGCUUUAGCUCGGGUGUGAAGUGAGUCUCCUUCAGAGGGAAGGUUUGGCUUGAAAGAUGCCGAAAUGAGAGCAGGACACAAAAUCCCUGUCGCGAAAGAGGCUGACCUCCUUGUCUGUGAGAAGUUGUUGGACGAGGGGGAUGUAUAGCAAUUCAUUUGUGUAUGAGGAGCAUUACAGAACAUAAACAGGCACACAGUUAAUUUAGUGACGCAUCUUCUGCCAGUAUGCUAAUGAGUAGGAAUGUGAGCAUGGCCACGCUGCAUUAAAAAAGUUAGUUUGCAAUGAGUUGCACAAAACAAAAUGAACAAAUUUAGGGGAAAUGCUGACGAGCUUUGCUCAACGGAUACACAAACCCUUUAUUAGUAUAAUAACUAUGCUGUCUUGGUUAUGAUGGUCUCCAUGGAAACACUGACAGUCGAGUCGUAAGACAAUGACAGUCUUCACAUCUGUUUUCUGAGCACCUGGCCAUUCAUGUAAUGUUCAUGUAACAUUGUAAUGUCAUGUUUGUAUCUUAAUAAGGAAAUCAUCAGUUUAAUCUCACUGAAAUGCAUUCAUAUAUUGAGCACCUGUGCCAUUGUCAUUGUAAUCAAUAUCAAGUGGGUUGAAUUAUAAUUGUAUCUAAUAUUGUAGGGUAAAGAAAGAACAUUGCAAUAGGUUCAUUUAAGGUGAAUAUUCCUGUUUGGAUAAUGCUCCUUUAAAAGUAACAGUGAAACACUUCACUGGUUUCCAGCACGCUAAGGUAGCAAGGUAUCAACAACACCUCUGAAAAUACUUCACUUUAAAACCAACACACCUGCGGGGGCUCAGACACAUGCAAGGACAUUUUCUAUUUAAACAACACAGGCACUAGACUGCGUUGGUCUGAAACCAGUUAAGACGUGUCCUUAUUGGCACUGCUUUGCACGGCUGUAAAAUAAAUGUUCUUAAAUGGAAGCACAGCAGUAGAGUUAAGAUUUCUGUUCAUGAAGUUCAACAAGAUCCCUGCCAGGGAAAUAAAAAAAGACAAAAUCCUAGAAAAGAGCCAUAUUUACAAAGUAAUAACUUAUCAUUUUAACUUAAGAGAUAGUUAGGACUAACUUGUCACCUUAAUUAAGUGUUUAAACAUCCCUUAUACUUGAGGGUUGACUAGAAUCCACAUUUCAUCAUCAGGUUCAUGUUCUCCUCAAAGCAGACUUAACUUUUUCAACCUAUCAUGGUUUUUCCUUGAUUUCUCAUAAUUGUAGAAGAUGUCAUGAUCAUGUUUAUAUAUUUGUUUUUGUGUCCCAUCGUUAUUGGGCUUCCAGGUCAGGUCGUAUCAUUGUUACCAUGUUUGUUUCUCUGGUUUCAAAGUGUGAUAAUUUCUAGACAGAAAGUUUCCAACUUUUUGCCUUCGAUAGACUUUUACUUCACUUGUGUUUUGUUGCCACCGUUCCAGAUCAAUGCAGAGCUCCGACACAGCUCAACACACAACGGGGGGGCUCCUUGUGUUUACUCUGAGAAUUUAAAAUAACAACCUUCAGUCUACGUUUUAAUAAAUUUAACCGCAAGAAAACUCCGAGCAGUAGCAAUAUACAAUAACUGGGCUCAAAAACAUUGGAAUGGUUAUUGUGCAUGUAUUUCAUGAACAUUUUAAACAAUCCUUUACUGUGCAAUAUUACCUUUAUUUAAACUAUGUAAACGUCAGUGGGGAUGCCGUUUUCUGAUGUGCAUGGACGUAUAUUUCUGCGCUCACUUUAACAAGCUGAUGGUGAAUUUCAAGUUGAUAAGAGGAGAAUGCUUUUGCACUAUAGCACCUCUGCCACAUGUCACAUUUAGGUCAAUGCAAACACAGCUUACUGAAUACAGUGCAUGUUUUCUGAUCUGGGAAGGUUGAAGAGAAUGACUGUCAUGAGAUUAUAAAAAGUAUUUGAUUAAUAUAAUAAGUAUUUUUCAGAUCUACACACUCAAACACGUUAAGUUGGCUCCUUACCUUUAAAUCCCGAACUGGAGGAUUUCAAAUGUUCCUUUGCUCCUCAGCAAUACGCCACAGAUUAAGACAAUCAACUUUGAAGCUGACGAGUGUCAGAUGUAAAGUCUUGUAGUGAGAAAACUGCAAGUAACUGGUCAGUAUAUAAAAAAAUCACAGUAAAGUGAUUUAAGUAAAUAGAUUUAGUCUCAUAGUCAUUGAUGAUAUUCUUUUGUAUUUUCCGGCUUUUCUUUAUCUUUUUGUAGUUUUUUUAUUUUGACAGCUAUCAGUAUUAUUAUAGUGAAACUAAAUUUCUCAGGAAACCAGCUGUACUCACUUCUCUUAUGAGUUGAUUGCCUUUUUUUUUAUUACACCCGGUUAUAGUGUUAUUUAUUUAAACAGUUGUGAUAACAUUUUAUAUGCAUUUCUACACAUUAUUUUCUAGUUUGUUGUGUUUAACAUCGACUGCUAGUUUAAAACAAAAAUAGUUUUGUGUUUUUAAAGAAGCCACUUGGUUUAACCUUGAUUCUGUGUUUUGUGUUUUUUUUGUUUUCUAUCAAUGACUGGGUUUUAAUUGAGCUGUCGUGUCUGAAUUGUUUGAAUUGUGAUUAUUAGCACAGAUGGAAGUGUUGUAUGAGAGCUUUGUGUAUGUUUCAACAUCCCCCCCUUUCCACUCAAAUCGUAGGUGAUGUAGAUACAUGAUUUUGUGCAGUGAUGUUAUUAUUAUGAUUCUUAUUAUUUGCCAAAAUGUAUUCAUUGUUAAAGGAAAUAAUUCUUGGCCUGUAUGACUACGAGUCAGGAUCUGUUUGGACAUAGGUCUCAUCCUCUUGUACACCAUCCCCUGGCGUAAAGUCAAAUAAACUUGGUUGACCACA